CUCGCAGCCUGUACACGUUGGAAAUAAUGGGAAAACUUGUGCUGUACGGCUUAGAGCCAAGUCCGCCUGUGAGGGCCUGCAAAAUGACGCUGGAUGCACUACAGCUUCAGUAUGAAUUCAAGCUGGUUAAUCUGCUUGCUGGUGAGAACAAGACCAAGGAGUUCAAGCUGAAGAAUCCGCAGCACACAGUGCCCAUGCUGGAGGACGAUGGCAAGUGUAUUUGGGAGAGCCACGCCAUCUGCGCCUAUCUGGUUCGGAAGUAUGCCAAGGAUGAUGCCCUGUACCCCAAGGACUUCUUCAAGCGCGCCGUCGUGGAUCAACGUUUGCACUUCGAGUCGGCUGUGCUGUUCCAAAACUGCAUUAGGAAUAUCGCACUUCCGCUGUUCUUCCGCGAUGAGACGGAAGUUCCGAGAUCCAAGAUCGACGCUAUAUACGAAGCCUACGACUUUUUGGAGGCCUUCAUUGGCGCCGAGUUGUACCUGUGCGGAGCCAGCGUAACCAUAGCCGAUUUUAGUGUGAUAUCGUCGGUCUCCAGUUUGGUGGGUCUGGCGCCCAUUGACCCGAAGCGCUAUCCAGGACUCAGCGCUUGGUUGGCCCGAAUGGCCGGACGACCCAACUACCAGUCGAACAACGGCAACGGCGCACAGAUGCUGAUUGACAUGUAUAAUGCGAAAAUCACAAAGAUAGUGUGACUUUUGCAGGUGAAAGCGUAUUUUUUAAGGUCAAACAUGAGAUUGAUUAUGCAAUAAAACGUUUAGUAAACAGUGCUUCAAAA